AUACCCCACUUUUCAAGGCGCUAAAGCCACGAGUUCUUUUCAUGUUCUCCUUUUUCUUUUUCUUUUUCUUUGUUGUGGCCGUCGUCUCCUUGUGUUGAACUCCUUUAUCCUAUGUAAUAAAGGAGAAGGGAAUCAGAGAAGGAACCACUAGAGAGGCAGGGAGAAGGCUCAGAGAGAAAUGGGGAUAAGAAGAACAAGGUUAAUGUUGGCUUCCCUGAUUGUCAUCAUGGGAACUCUUUUGGGUUGCCCUGGUGCUGCAACCGCUAAAAGAGCUCCCACUGUUAUCAUUGUUGGAGCUGGCAUGUCAGGGAUUUCGGCUGCCAAAACAUUGUCAGACGCUGGAAUUAAGCGAAUAUUGAUACUAGAAGCAACGAAUAGGAUAGGUGGACGCAUGUACAAAGCAAACUUCUCGGGGGUGAGUGUGGAACUAGGGGCCAACUGGGUAUCGGGAGUUGGGGGUCCACAAGUGAAUCCCGUUUGGAUUAUGGCUAACAAGCUCCGACUCAAAUCCUUCCUGUCUAAUUUUCUGAACCUAUCUUCCAACACCUAUAAACCAGAGGGUGGAGUGUAUGAGGAGUCAGUGGCAAGAAAGGCGUUUGAGGUGGCUGAGCAGGUGGUGGAAUUUGGCACCAAGGUUUCCAAGGAUUUAGCAGCACGCAAGCAACCAGAUAUUUCCAUUUUGACAUCUCAACGCCUCAAAAAUUAUUUUCCCAAAACACCCCUUGAGAUGGUCAUUGACUACUACCUCUGUGAUUUUGAGAGUGCGGAGCCACCAAGAGCCACAAGCUUGCUGAACUCUGAGCCAUCUUCUACAUACUCCAACUUCGGUGAGGAUUCUUACUUUGUCUCAGAUCCAAGGGGUUAUGAGAGUGUUGUUCAUUAUGUAGCACAGCAGUUUCUCACCACAAAUGCAGCUGGACAAAUCACUGAUCCUCGUCUUCAACUUAAAAAGGUGGUGACUGAAAUAAGCCGUUCCCCAAGGGGUGUGGCUGUCAAGACAGAGGAUGGCUUGGUGCACAGAGCCGACUAUGUCAUUGUCUCUGUCAGUCUUGGUGUCCUUCAGAACGAUCUUAUCAAAUUUCAUCCUUCCUUGCCGCAAUGGAAGAUCCUUGCUUUGGACCAGUUCAAUAUGGCUAUCUAUACCAAAAUAUUCCUCAAGUUUCCUUACAAGUUUUGGCCGAGUGGCAAUGGCACAGAAUUCUUCUUGUAUGCUCAUGAAAAGCGUGGUUACUACCCUUUUUGGCAGCAUCUAGAAAGGGAGUUUCCGGGAGAGAAUGUUCUUUUAGUAACAGUUACUGAUGAUGAAUCAAGAAGAUUGGAGCAGCAAUCAGAUUCUGAGACCAAGGCAGAGAUCAUGGCUGUCUUGAGAAACAUGUUUGGGAAACAAAUUCCAGAAGCUACAGAUAUAUUAGUCCCUAGAUGGUUGUCAAACAGAUUCUUCAAAGGCAGUUACUCCAACUGGCCAAUUGGAGUUAGUCAUCACCAAUUCAAUCAGAUAAAGGCACCAGUUGGAAAGGUUUAUUUCACUGGCGAGCACACUAGCGCAGCCUACUAUGGUUAUGUUCAUGGAGCCUACUUUGCAGGUAUUGACACUGCAAAACUGAUGACCAGCUGCAUCAAGAGAGGAGCUUGCUCUUACAACAUUUGAUUAAAAAGAACUUAAAAAUAUGAAUUCUGCUAUUUCCCACCACUGCAAGGGUAUUCUACUCAUGCAUUUCACAUGCAUGCAUUUUCGAUUUUACACUAUAUGUAUGUGUAUAUGUGUAGAUGUGUAUUUAUCUGUUUAUGUAUGAACAUGAGUGAAUUUAUUGUUGCCAGUGACCUAAGCUAUGAAAGAAAGACAUGUUAUAUCUGUGCAUAUGCAUGGGCUUCAAACA